GCACCAGUCAUACAAAACUUUUGUGAUAUGUGAACAAGUAUUGUGACAAUAUAAUACACUGUGACUCAAGGUUUAAACUUGAAUAUCAAGUUAUAGAAGGUUGUUUUUGUGAUUAGCAUAAUUUUUCUCCAAAUAUGGCCUCAGAUCAACCAGAUAUCAAGCCUCUGCAGAACGGCUUUCCUCCAUUGCACUUGUUGUCGGCAGUGAAUUCUGCAGUAACAUCUGUUGCCACACCAGUUGUAGCAGGAACAUCGGCGGUUCCCGUCUCCCUCAUCCCAGUGUUUCAACCUAACAUGUUUGGGCAGGGACUCAUUGGUCUUCCUCUUACAUUAAACCAACAAGCCUUAUUCCAAGCAAGUAUGGAUGCAGCAGCAAGCCAAGCUAAUCCCUCAGCCAAAUUAUCCACAAUGGAGGAUGACUUAAAGGACAGUCCACAUGCACUUGGGAAAGAAAUGAACAAAUCAAAGCAGGCAGUUAAAAGAAAGUACGCAGAUGCACUGCUGCAGAAAGCAAUGGGACGAUCACCAGUUGAACUUGCAGAUGAGCUAACAAGAGUUCAACCAAGGACAAGCAAAGGGAAGGUGUACAGCUGGAUGUAUUCUGCACAUCCAAAACGACAGAGAGCCAAGAUAACCGAGUCUAUGAAAAGGGAGAUAAUUGAGUUCUGUAAGAAUCACUCAUUGCUGAAACAAGGGGAGGUUGCAGAUAUAUUUGGUGUUGACAGAACAACUGUUACCAAGAUGUUAAAACGGACUCAGGAAGGUGAGGGACAAUUAUAUGACCCCACAAGGCGAAGCCAGGCACCACAGUUUGAACUUGAAGAUAUGUUAUAUAGAUGGAUCAGUAAUGCUACAAAGCAUCAUCCCGAGAACCAGCCAGUAUGGUCAUGUGUACAACUUCUUGAACAGGCAGAGGAAUUGCAGACCCUCACAGAUACAGGAAACAACUUCUGUCCAAGUAUGGAAUGGUUGCUAGAAUUUGUGGAAAGAUUCAGACUGAGACGGCUUCUCACAGACUUUCCUGCAGAUAGCAGAAAAAUGAAAACAAAAAGCCCAGGGCAACGAAAAUUGCUUCCCAAACCAGCAGUAAAUGUUAAUCAGCCAACGCCACAGGAGGACUUGACAAAUGCACAGUUAAGUAACCAUAAAAUACCAAAAGAGAGGGUAGCAGAGUAUACAAUAGUAGAAACACCAUUGGAUAUACCUAUGAAAAUUGAACCUACAGAGGUCAGGAAAGAGGUCAAUGUUGAGGAACUAACCACAGAAGAGGCACAUAGCCGAGAAAUAAAGCAGCUUGACAAAUUCCGUGAGCAGCAGAAAGCUAUUGAGGAAGCUAACAAACUGAAGAAAGACCUGCUGGCAAAAACACUAUCUGAAAGGAAACAGAGAGCAAAAAAAGAGGCUUACAAACUAGAACAUAUCCAGAAAGAGCUUUCUAAACUAGAUCACCUGUUGACAGCAGAUGUCAACGUUGUGAGGGAGAAAAUAGAAGAGGCCAGUCGAGAGUUUUUAGAGGCACAAAAGCGAUUUCAGAAGGCAGAAGUGGAGUAUGUUGAGUCAAAGGUUGACCUUCACAACAAGUCAGAAAUAAAGGAACAAUUAACGGAGCACUUGUAUACAAUCAUACACCAGAAUGAGGUCCGGAAAGCUCAGAAACUCGCUGAUCUCAUGAAGGAACUUGAAAUGGAAUAUGGCGACGACGUUGACCUUCAUCUUCCAGAGUUACCGCCUCUUACCUCAUUUCAGCAAACAAAUCUCCAUCUGUCACCAUCAACUGGGCAAACUAUUAUUGAACACAGCAAAAUAAAAGUUGCUGAAAGUUCUCCAAGUAGUGAUGGCGGAUCUCCAGAAAACUGUGAUAAAAAUAGUAACACAAUUGUGAUUGAGCCAUGUGUGCAAGAAAAUGCAUCAAGUGAUAAUACUGAAGGGAAAUCCAUAGAAACUGAAAAAGAUGGUGAUUCAAAUGUAGGAAAUUCAGUGCAAAAGUCAGACACAGUGAUACCAAGCUUUACGAUAGUGGAGGAUGGGGAACCUGUUUCUAUUGUUUAUGAUGUUGGAGAAGAUACAGAAAAGUCUGAAAACAAUAAAGAUGUGAAAGAAGAGUCAAAUGAAUCUCAGAACAAGGCUACAGGGGCUCAGAAGUCAGAAACUGAACAAGAAAAACCCGAAAAUGUGGCGCCUCAUGUGAAAACCAAAUGGGACUUUGAUGGUUCACUGUCAUAGCAGUUUACCUAUGCAUAAUGGAUGUUUUGUUUAGCUAUAUUUUAUUUUACUCCUGGGUUUAAAUCUAGCAAACAUCUUAUCUAUAAUGUAUCGAGGGGAUAUUUCAGUAGUGCCAUGGUAUUAAAUAAUUAUAUAUAUAAAUCAGAAAUUAGUGCUUGUUUAUGGAGGUAUAAGUUGAAAAUGAAUCAAAUUCUGCUUGGAUGAUAUAAUGAUUUAUCUACUUACAAGAGAAUUAGUCAGGCCUUUCUUUCAGUGAUUUUUCUCAAGUGUAAAUUUGUUUUUGUACUAAAUUACAGGCUGCAGUUUUCUCAUCAAAACAAAGGUUUACAGUAUAAUUACCUCUGCUGUAAGUCUAAUUGUAAAAUACUGUUAGGUUUCAAAAAUUUAUGAGAAAAUCAAAUCUUUUCCCCAGUAUUUGAAAAACUCAUUUUGAAAGAUAACUUGCAUGCUGUAAUUUAGGAAUGAAUGCGUAAAGUAUGCAACUACAAUAGAAUAGUGUUAGUGUUCAUUUAAAAAGCAUUCAUUUAUUUUAUUUCUUUUAAUUGAAGAAUAUGGUGUGCAAGAAAAAGUCUAUCACUACUAGUUGUUGGUGUGGGUGGAAAUGUUUGGCUCUCAUGGCAACUUUUUGCAGUAACUUGGCAGAGCCUCAACCAUUUGAACUGCUACUGUCAGUAUCUGCAGCUUUGAUGAGCGAACGAUUGUAAUAAUGUUAGUGAAAUAGAAAGCUGGUCAGGGAUGAAUUUUAACUCACAUUAGCGCAAGAUCUCCGUGUGAGCUUGUAGGAUCAUUGGAUAUCUGUCUGUCGAGAAUUUUAUCUAUUUACACCAAAUUGUCCUCAUUUCUGAAAAAAAUUUAAUCAGACUUUGACCCAUUGUUAGUGUCCAUAAGGUCUUGGCUAAGUUUAAUUAUGUGCCAGAAUGGGCCAUUGGGUCAAUAAUUUUGGCCCUUGAUUUGUAUUAUAGUCCUAGCCCCAGAUACAAUGUAUACAUGCAAUGUAUUGGUAUGUGAAUCAUAUCUGUCUGUUAGAGUAUGAAGUAUUUUUAUUGGGUCCCUUUGGCCUCAUCUGGUCAUGAAGAGCAGUGGUAUUCAUGUGAGCGAUAUAGGGUCAUCGUGGAACUCUAGUUUUAAAUAAUUACAGGGUAUUCUAUUUUUAAUUACUAAACUUAGAAUAGGCAUCAGCUUAAAAUUUAGAAAACCUGCUUUAAUUUUUCCAUUAUUUCAUUAGAAAAUAUUUGCUUUUCAUGCUUUGAACAAAAUAUUUGCAUAAUCAUUAAUCAAAUACACUAUUCUUUGAGAUUACAGGUUGUUGUUUAGUUCAGGUUUUUGAAAUGUGUUUAAGGAGUUAAUUGACUUUAUUAAGUAAGUUAUCUUUGAUUGCAACAGAAAAGAGAUUAACUGAUACAAGAUUUUACAACUCUUUUAAUUAUACUUACAUUAACUGUUGAUAUUUUUAUGCAUUAUUAUUUUCCUCCCCAACUCUGGAGGAAGCGGGGAUAUAUUGCAUUUCUUCCUUUGGUUCAAUCAAUAACUAGUGAAUGCUUUGGCCUGUAAAUGUCAAAAUAUAUAUUAUGAUUGUCUAUGGUCAGUAGAUAACUCCUAUUGUUUUAGGUAUCCAAUGGUCAAAAUGAUAAUAACACUAAAAACAGUUUUGGUCAAUUACUAGAGAAGGUUUGGACUUACAGUUGUCAAACAUCUUCAGAUGGUUGCCUGUGGUCAGUACCAGUAGAUAAAACCUUUUUUUUUUUUUGGAAGGUCAGUUUUUCAAAUAUCAAGACCAGGCCACAGUUUCAAGAAAAUAAUUAAGUUUGUUAAUUGAAAUUGAAUUGAGUAUAUCAGCUUGCUUAAGAAAAGCAAAAACUUUAGCAUAUUAACGCACUUAAGUCAAUGAAUAAACAUAUCUAUUUUUAUGAAAUUGGAUCCAGGCUUCCCUGUUUAUUAUAUCCGUCCUGUAAAAAAAUUGUUGAACAUUGCAUCAAGGGAUAUUACAGUAUACUUACUCUGAUUAGACAAUUGCAUCUUUUGCAUAAAUUAUAUUAGAUUUUCUUUGCAAAUCUGAUAAUUGUAGUUAGUAUACAAAAUGUAAGAUAGUAGGUUUAUGUGGAACUUAACAAAUGUAAAUAUCAUUAUGUAUCAACAUAAUCUUGUUUAUUGUCUGCAAGCAUUUAUCUGGCACUCGUGAAUAUUCUGUAUGUUUCUGUAUAUUAAUGUUUCAUGUACGAACAGAAAUAGCAGUAUUGUUAUUGAUAAACAAGUACGGUAUACACAUGAUUAAAUUUACAUCAUGUCGCAUUCCCAGAUUAUAGGAGUGCGGACAGCAUCCAGCUACCAGUCUUUGGGUUUUGGUUCAUUCUUAAUAUUUGAUAUAUUUUAUAUGCAAACUUGACGGGCAGAAAAUUGCCUCACUAAUUUUUCAUGAUUAAUCAAUUGGAAGAAAUACACUAGUAGUCAACAUUUUUCUUUCUACAUGUCAGUAAUCCAUUGAAGAAAAUGUCCACCAAUUUUGUAUUAUCCAUUGAAAAAAAUGUAAACCAAUUUUCUACUGUUUCAUAUAUGUUAAUAUUUUGUAAUAAAAAUGGACAGAAAACCAAAAUAUAAGAUAAAUACAAUACCAAAAGUUAUGAGAAUUACAAAAUUUUAUACUAACUACAGUAACCACUACACCAUUGUGUCACUGGUUGACUGUAUUGGUUAUUGAGAAUACACGUUUAAGGUGAAAUAACAAAUGUUGGUGAAGAACAGAAUGAGUUUCAUGUAAAUACUUGCAGACAAUAUAGAUUUUUGUUAACAAAUUACUAGGAUGUUUAGAAAUAGAAUAAUUAAGUCCCCAUGUUAAAAGUACUGCUGGAGUGUUAUGUACCAAUAAAAGAGCACAUACUUUUACUAUGCAAUUAUUUAAUAGAAAUAUUUUAUUAAUCCUCUAUGGCAACUGCUGUAGUACGGGCUUGUUACUUGUAAUCCUUGGGAAACUUUGUUAUACUUAAUAUGUUAUUUUUGCUCUGUGAUAAAUUCCCGUGAUGUGGAGUUUGGUGUCAUCACUUCAAAUGCCACUUAAAAUGCCAUUCAGAGUAUAGCUGGGUGUCAAUAAAGAGGUUAAGCUUUUAUGCUCAUACAGGUAUGCAUAUGUGACAGAUUUCAUUCUGCAUUUAAAAAUGCAUCUUUAAAAAACUUCCGACAUUUUUUUUUGCCUUACACAUUCUGCAUGUAGGUGUAAUGAAAAAUUCAGCCAAGUUAAUUGAACAGAUUUCAGUUGACACUUACUUUAUGCAUAGGGAUUCACUACAAAUACCAAUAGGGUUACCUUGUAAAGUAUCGAAACUGCCACCUCUCUAAAGCCAGUUUCACAAGCUUGUAUAAUUGUUAUCACCGUCCACCGGAAUCAAUGAAAAAAACAUCUAUGCACAUUAUUUACGUAUUUUAUUUCAUAAAAGCAUUUUCAUACAUACUAUUUUUGGUAAGAAUUAUGUUACAUGUUAAAGAUAAUUAUACAAUGGGAAACCUGUUUAAAUAUGCAAAUAAAUAUAAAAAAGG